AUGCUCGCCGCGCUAGCUUUGAUACUGGCAGCCGCCUCGGUGGUCUGUGCUACGAAUAACACCACGUCCAAUUCUACAGGCAUCAAGCUUCAGAACGGAUUCGAGCGCGUUUAUAUCCAGCCUUAUGGUAACAACGGCAUCCGGGUUCGCGCGAGCUUAAUGCGCGACCCGACGGGUCACAAACUCUCCGCUUUCCUUGAUCCACCCCUCGAAGGACCUGGAGGCGGUCAAGGCCUCGCCUAUGACCAGGUCGUUGGAUAUCAAGGUAAUGGCACACUCCAGAACGGCAACAUCGUCGCACAAGUCUCUCUCGGCGUCAUCUCCUUCUACCGCGCCGAGACGAACGGCUCCAUGACCCUGCUGACGCAAGAGUACACGGACGACAAGGCGCUCUACUCGCGAUACUACGUGCAGGAGUACAAGAGCCCGAGCUUCGAGGCUGAGUUCUCGUUCACGAGCGACUUGGACGAGCAAAUCUAUGGGAUGGGUCAGCAGGCGUGUUGUCGGGAUGCGUCGGUCAAUAAGAAGGGACAGAGUAUUGAUUUGAUCAACUUCAAUUCGUUUGUGCCGAUUCCGGUGUAUAUGUCGAACAAAGGAUACUUGCAGUUCUUCAACAUGCCGAGUCAAGGGAGGAUGGAGUUUAGCUCCUAUCGGACUCGAUUCAUCUCGAGCGAAGCCACAGUUGUCGAUUAUUGGAUCACCACAGCCGAACCCGGCGACUACGAUACCUUGCAAGAACAAUACACAGGUGUCACAGGGCGUCAACCAAUGCCGCCAGACUAUAUCUUCGGUUACCAACAGUCAAAAAUGAGAUAUUGGAACCAGACCCAAGUUAUGGACCUGGCGCAAGAAUUUCAUGAUAGAGAGGUCAAUGUUUCAUUGAUCGUUGUCGACUUUUUCAACUGGAAGUCGUUCGAUCCCGAGUAUUGGCCUGACCCGGCAGCCAUGGCGGCCUUCGUGAAGAACAUGACUGGUGCUGAGAUGAUGGUAUCUCUUUGGCCUAGCGUCGAAGACCUUUCUGCCAACUAUAUCACACUCCAAGAGCAAGGCUUGCUGGCAGCCACUCGGGACGGCACCGGCAUAGUGGACAUGUUUCCAGACGUCUACACACGGCUGUACGACUCGACUAAUCCUGCAUCGAGGGAGUUCUUGUGGAAACGUCUCAAUGAGAGCUACUACGCUAAUGGCAUCCAUAACUUCUGGAUCGACCAAGCCGACGGUGGAUCCGUAGGUGAACCUUGGGAGAACAUGGGAUCGACAAUGAAAUACAUCCCAUAUCCCCGCUCGUUCACUCAAUAUUUCGCCGGUACGCAGGAAGGCGCCGGGAAGAUAUACCCCUGGCUGCACCAGGCCGCCAUCCAGGAAGGCUUCCAGAACCUAACUGGACAAUCUCUGACGGAGACGUGCCCGCAUAUGUCACUCACACGCAGCACGUUCGCUGGCGGGCAACGCUACUGCUCGUACAUGUGGAGCGGCGACACGCUCGCAGAGUUCCCCGUGCUCACGCAGCAAAUCACUGGCGCAGUCUCUGCUGCAGCUGCAGGUAUAUCCAGCUGGACACUUGAUAUUGGUGGGUUUACAGGGCUAGAUAUUGACGCUGACUGGGGGAAGGAGCUCUACGUACGGUGGUUUGGCAUGGCUGUGCUCCUUCCAUACGUACACACUGACCGGAUUUGCAACCUUACUUCUCCCGCCGAGCCUUACUCUGCUAAUAAUUGCCCCAACGAACCUUGGUCAUACGGCGAAGACAACUUCGUUAUCCUGAAGAAGUACAUCAAUCAGCGCUACGAGCUGGUUCCCUACGUCAAAGCCCUCUUCCAACACCUACAUGAAUCCGGCAAGAGUAUCAUGCGUGCGCUCUACUACGACUUCUCCUCUGAUCCUUUCGUCGUCCAAGCCACCGGCGUCAAUAACCCACUUGUCGUGGAACAGUAUAUGUUCGAGGUAUACCUUCCGCGCCUCACACAGUCUAUGAUAGCCCAAAAUUACUCAUGGACGUACUGGCGGACAAACCAAGACUACGGACAAUGCGGAAACACGGUGAACGUCAGCGCUCCGCUUGAUGAAAUCCCAGUGUUCUACCUGGGCAGUAAGGCUGACAUUUUAUCUGGAAACAUCUGA